UAUACAACCAACCUCUACAUAAAAUCACCCCCAUGUCCACCUCCAAAUCAAAAUCAAAAUCCAACCCCCCUCACAACCCCAACAACACCAAUAGCCCUCAACCCCCACCACCUCCUCUCCCCACCGGCAGACAUCCUAACCAACACCGCAACAACCCUAACAAUAACACCGACCCAAGAAACCAAACCCUCCUCUCCCACCUUCACAGUCCACCGCAUCCGCGCACACGAACCCCCAGACAGCCCAGACCGCACCUGUCUCCUCUACAACGUGUACGGGAAAUCAUGGCCGAACACAAGUCGCGUGAUCUGUGACACGGAGGGCGUGCCUGUUCUCGUGUUGCGACGGGCUUGGUUAGCGCGGAAAUGGACUGCCAGAUCUCCUGAUCAGAAUCAGGAUUUAUUAGUUGCUUCGGUGCCGUGGACUGCCAAUGGACCUGGGUCGAGGGCUGGGGUUGGGGUUGGGAUCGGGGUUGGGGGUGGAGGGUUUAGGCUUGAAGUGCGGUUUGUGAAUGCGCUUGCGGUUAGGGAGGGGUCUGGGGUUGUAGGAGGGGGAGGGGGAGGGGGAGGGGAGGGGGAGCUGAUGUGGCUGGUGUGUCUGGUUCUGACGAGCCGCCGCCCUACAGUGCUGUUUCUGCGGUUGCAGGUGAGGACACUGAGGGAGGUGGGAGUACUCGUUGCGAGGGGGAUGCGGGGGGUGGUGCAGAGGGACGAGAAAGUACAUCCGCUACAUCCACUACUUCCCAAUUCACAUUCUGGGAGUCCAAUAGCAGCAACCCGGAGGCAUACGCAAUAUCCACACUCUCCAUCUCUUCUCCCCUCCUACGACUCUGUCCGUCGAGAUUCGCCUAAUCCCCUACGAGAUCUGCUCGAUGCACUCGAGCCGCCGCAAGAGCCGGCGCCUGCUGUAUUGUUUCCUGUGUCUGCAUCUGCAUCUGCGUCUGCGUCUGCAUCACGAAACGCCAGUACCAGUUCCAGUUCCAGUCCUGCUGAUGCAGAAGCCAAUGCAGCUCCCGGCUCAAAGGUGGAGUUAAAACUGAUGCACCAAGUUGCCUCGGGUACGGGUGUGAUGAUGGGUAACCAGAAGAUCAUGCAUAUCACGCGACACAAUUCGAUGGACUACAGUAAAUCCAAAAUGAAAUUGAGGUCGAGAUGGGAGGUUGAGGUGUCUGAAGGUGUUGAUUUGUUACUGGCAGUGAAUAUUGUGUUGAUUAUGGCUGAGUCUGUGUCAUCUCAAAACAGAUGGAAGUAA